AUGACCCAGUAUCAACUCUAUGACCGUGUAUCAACAAUUGACAACUAUGUCGCAACGAUCAAAUAUAUCGGUCAUCUUCCUCAAUGGGGGUCUCAGGUAGUGGCAUUUGGGUUAGAAUGGGAUGAUGCUAACCGUGGUAAAAACAAUGGAGUAUUGGAUGGUGUACAAUAUUUCACCCCUAUCGUGGAAAACUCAGUAAGCUUCGUGAAAUCGACAAAUAAGAACAUAAACCAUGAUCGAAAAUCAUUCAUUCGGGUAAUCAGGGAACAGUACCUCGAUGCCAUUGGGUAUGAAGCCAAGGGGAUCAAAUUCGGUGGGAAAGUUGUUGAAGAAUUGGGGUGGCAACAAUUGAAUGAGUAUCAGUCCCAAUUACGUAAUUUGACGUCAUUGAGCUUGGACCAUUGUUUUAUAUAUUGCAUGGCUCGCGGUACUGAAGUUGAUGAUGUUGAGAAUGUAUUCGCCGGAUUGGCCAAUUUGACCAAUUUAGAUCUAAGUUGUAAUUUAUUCAACAACAUGGAUGACAUCUGGCAAAUUGUCGCUCGUUUACCAAAUUUGAAAGUAUUGAAUAUCAAUGGGAAUCGUUUUCCACUCGAUGUGGAUAACCAUGAGCAAAAAGAUCAUUUUAUUCAUUAUAAUUUACAAGUUUUGAAGAUGGCAUCAACUUUGAUUCCAAUAUCUAAAAUCAAUACCAUAGUGUCACAAUUCCCCAAUUUGUUAGAAUUGAUCAUAUCGGGGAAUCAGUACACGAAUAAUGAUGUAAACUGCUUAGAUGUCGGUGAUUACAGAUUAGCGACUUUGGAUUUAUCAUACAAUAACCUUCAAUGUGUCCCAAUUAAACUACCUUUAUACAUUACAACCUUGAAUUUGUCACAUUGUCGAAUCAAUUCUAUUGAGAAAAGAGUAGCAACAAACGACAUCACCUCCCUCGAUAUUAGAUAUAACCAGCUCAAAACUUGGUUGGAUAUAGAUAACCUAUCUGAAUCAUUCACCCAAUUAACCAAUUUACGCAUCAAUCAUAAUCCGAUAUUGAAUGAUUUGUCCAUCGAUGACAUGACAUGCCAAUUGAUUGGACGAUUUGAAUGUAAUAAUAGUGAUGUUCAUGGGGAAAAUAACCAUCCCAACAAGCUAGCUGUAUUGAAUGGAUCAAAGUUGACGCCCUCAGAGAUUAUGAAUGGUGAAUUGUAUUUCAUAUCCAAGGUCCAACUGGGUCAGUAUGAAAUGCAUAAUCGUACUCGAUGGGAGGACUUGUUGAAAAAGUAUGGUAAACUGGACAAAGAACUUCAAGUGCUGCCAAGUUUAAGUCAGCCCAAACGAUGGAUAAAUCUACAGUUGAUGGUUCGUCAAGUGAAGAAGCAACACAUGGGAAACAGUGAACUGAAAACAACAAUGGAUACGGCGACUCAAUCCAUCAACACUCCUACAGAUUAUACAUCAUUAUCCACCCACAAGUUUCUCAAAACAACUUCAAUUUUAAAAUUCAAAGGCUUAAUCUCGCGAUUAUUUUUAUCAAAUUUAUCAAUACUUGACUUCCAAAUCUACUACUAUAUAAAUCAAGAUACAAAUUUCGCCAUCAAGUAUGAGUUUGAUAAUUGGUCCAGUUGUUUAAAUGAUUUUGCCUUGGAUGAGUAUCAAUAUAUUUAUAUAGAUGUGCAUCAGCAAUAA